UCUGUCUUGAUGAUCGCUCUGUCGUUUAAUGUAGUCGCGAAUGUCAAAUAAAGAAUUUAUAAGGAAGACUGGAAAUUCCAGACUCUAUUUACAAAAAUGGCGGUGGGAAGCGGGAGGUUCGAAUGAAUUUAUAGACCUAGAUAAUAAUUUACAGAUGAAUAUAUUGCAUUGUCUGCGAAUAUUAAUUUGAAGAAGCAAAGCUUACUGCAGCUUAGACUUUGUAAUUGAAAUUAUUCAAUUUUAAUAUUGAUUUUGUACGGUAUUGUGAAGAAUGGCAGAGAAAACACUGACACCAUGUCCAGCAUCAGAUGUCAAUGACAUGUUCCGGAAAAUGGGAGAAAAACUUGGAUGGUUUCAACAUAAAGAUAUUGACAGUGCCAUUAAAACAUUAUCUCAAAAGAAGAAAAGUACAAAGAGUCGACUAAAGUUAAAGUGUAAAGAUGAUAAAGAAAACACACCACUUCCUGUUAAAAACAAUUUAAAAGACAACACAAGUGAGCAUCGGAAAUCUAGGACUAAAUCAAGUAAAUCACCACUUCAUGACAACCAGAGAAUUCUACCCCAAAACCCAGGUCUAUCUCAGUCUAGAGCUAAGUUGCCUACAGUUAAAGCUGAAAUAGCUCUUAGAAAAAGUCAGGCUUGUACAGGUGCAGAUUUAACACGAGAAACUGGACAAGAGAAAUUAAUUCAUAAUACUUCAGUUAUCUCCCCUUGCCCUGAUGGUGAAGUUUUUUCCAUUCUAGAAGAUGUUGGAAUGCCUUUAGUGGAAUCGACUCGAAUUCACAGUCGCCAAUCCGUCGAUGGUUUACAUUUGAGCAUUGACCAAGAAACCGGUGAAGAUGAUUCUUACGAAGAUUUGAAGAUUAGAAAUAAAAAGUCUGAGCCGAAGAGAAUAUCAGAACUAUAUAUUACGGCAGUCGAAUCGCAGAAUGAUUAUUACACAGUGAGUGAAAUCGCUACGCAGACACCAACAAGCAAUGAUUCUAGUGACAACAAGGCAAAUAAUUCCCAGUCGAGCGAGGGUUCAUUUUAUGAAGUGAAAGACAUGGCUAUACAGACUGAUUCACCCGACGGUAGAAACAUCAGCAAGUCUUUUGAUAAUUCCUUUGUCAACAGUGCGGAUAUUAGUUCACAUAGCUCAAAUGUUGGAAUAGAAGAAAACAUGAUUGAAACUAAUCAUGAGGAUGAUUGUUUUAAUAAAGAGACCAUUGUUGAGAACGAUGAAAGUAAAAGUAGAGAAACUAACAAAUUAACCUUUUCUCCAUACUUUAAUAAAAAGAAAGUUUCUCAACAAACCAUCAAAGAAUCACCUAAAAACAGUAUUGAAUCCUUACAUACCCCCAAAAUUAACUCACUGAAAUCAAAACUUUUCAAAAAUAAAAUUAGUAAAGCUUCUUUUUCUGAUUCGGAUGAAGAUUUUUCAACACCAAGACCCUUUCCAUCAGGCACGAAAAAGAAACACAAACUUUAUACACCGUCUGGUCAUAGGUUGUCUCCUCACAGUGUGAACUCUUCUGCCAAAAAAGAGAAGAAAAAAGCAUUGGCAAAGAUGAAAGCCAUGUUGUCAUCGGAUUCAGAGGAUGAAAAAUACAACGAAUCAACAAUAUCAACCCCAAGUAAAUAUCAUAUUCCGCGAUCUACAGCAGUUGCAAAAUAUUCUGACCAAUCAGAUGAUUCAUUACCUGACCUUAACCUUGAUAGAUAUAAGGUGACGGUGGCUGAACCGACAACGAGCUGGAGAAAUUCCGCUCCUACAUUAUCUAGUGAUGAAGAUGAUUUAGAAAAAUUUUUAGAGUCUGUGAAGAAACCAGUUAAACCCAAGAAAAGUCCAGUUACAAAAGAGAGUUUAAAAGAUUUUAUAGUAGAUGAUGAUAUAAGUAUUAGUAGUGGUUCAGAUGAUGAUGAAAUAUUCUAUAUUUCUACUCAAUCACCCAGAAAUAAAGGCUGUACUUUAAUCAGUCCUGUGUCAAGAUCGGUUAAAUCAGCUAUAGUAGAUAUUAAUACACCACUUAGUCAACGAGUAAAACUAACAAGUUCCAUAUCACGACCUCCACCAAUUACACCUGUCUCAGAUGGUACUGAUGUAUUUAAAACACCACAUAGACCCACUAUAACCGACAGAUCUGUAUUAAAAACUCUGUCAGAGAAGAAGUCAUCUGUUAGAUCAACAUCCGAAUCAAAUAGUAAACCAUACAGUUUUAUACGCUCAUUAUCAACAGAUAUACCAGAUCAUAAACGACAUCCAGACUCUAUCAGGUACACUAAACAAUUUAAAAAGACAUAUGAAGAAUUAACGGCAGUUUUAUAUAAAAUAUAUAAUGAAACAGUUUUUGAUUUAAAGUUACCAGAAGAUUUAAGUAUUAUAUGGAAUAAGAGAUUAUUACGUACAGCAGGAUAUUGUGCAUAUAAACGUGUUAAUGGUCAACAUGUAUCUAGAAUAGAGUUAUCUACUAAAGUUUGUGAUACACCAGAACGUGUUAGAGAUACAUUAAUACACGAACUCUGUCAUGCAGCCGUCUGGAUGUUAAAUAAACAAACUGAUGGACAUGGACCUUACUGGAAAUACUGGGCUCGUAAAGCUAAUGUGAGUCAUCCAUAUUUACCUAUUAUAAGUCGAUGUCAUGAUUACAGUAUAACAACUAAAUAUACCUAUGUUUGUACACAGUGUGGUUAUCAGAUUGGUCGCCAUUCUAAAUCGUUGGAUACAAACAGAAAACUGUGUGGAUAUUGUCACGGAACAUUUCAGUUAGCAGAUACACCUGGAUCUAAGAAAGGUACACCACGGACACCAAAUAGAUUUGCUAUGUUCGUAAAGGAGAAUUAUGGAAGUGCAAAGAAAGGAAAUACAGACUUUAAGCAUAAAGAUAUCAUGCAGUUAUUAAGUCAGCAAUUUGCAGAGAAAACUAAACUGGAUUCUACGUAAUGAUGAUUGAUUUGAAAUAUUUUUUUGUAACAAAUUGAUAAAAUGGUUCCAAUUGAAUGUAGUAAUAGAACUGAAAAUACACAGCUCACAAUUUUUGUCAUACAGAAGCGUUGCCUGUCCGAUCGCGUGGGUUUUCUCCAGGUCCUUCGGUUUGUGUCAAGUGGAUGUUAGACCCCAUUUCUCUAUCUUUGUUAUACAAUUGUUGUGUAUUACUGAGUGAUGUUUGCAACCAGGAUACUUUAGUAACGAUAUACUUACAUUAUUGUGCCCUAUGUAUCACAGGAGCCACUGAGGCUCAGUUAGUAAGACGCUAGCUCACUAACCAGAAGAUCCAGGGAUUGAUUCCGAUGUUGGCCGAGAAAGUUCCCUUGGAUUUUCCAGCAUUGCUUCCCCUUGUCGGUGGUGCAGGUCCAUUAAACACAUUGUCAUGCACAACGUAAUAAACCCCAUGACAGUUGGAAUUUGAAAUAAGAGUAGGCUGUAGUGCCACUAUCCAGACAAAAUUUCUUUCAUAGCACACCGCUUGGUGCAUGCCUGUCUUCAUUAGCCCAGUCGGAGCAGAACGCUAGGAUGUUAAACCUUAUUUUCUCAUUAUAAUAUAUUACAAAUUGUUGUGCUCAAAUGUCAUAAAAUAUAUUAAUAGUAUCAGGUACCUGUUUCAUUCCUAGGAAGUAUUAUUAUGCUGACAUAUUUACUGAUCAUGUAUGUUAUCACGAUUAUCAGUUCUUACACUCAGAGAUGUAUGUAAAUAGUCUGACCAUGGUCACCAUUAUAAUACCCAAUCUGUAACUUUAAAGAUACAUUAUGUAAGAGCUAAAUCUGCCUAUUACAGGUUUCUAUUUUGGCUUCAAAUGUUAUAUAAAUGUUUAUUUAGUCAUUUAUUCACAUGCCAAGCCUAUAAUCAACUCUCUAGAUCAUCGCCAUUUAAUGAUUUAAUUUUAAAAUGGAGAAGCGAGGCUGAGUCUUGAUUUACAAGUAAUGUUGCUACAAUAAUAAAUUUCAGAAUAAAGUAAUCUAUUUAUUUAUAUCUUUUAUAAUGUAUCUUUAAUAGAUCAACAUUAUAAGAGAAUGAUCAUUUUGAAUAGGAUAUAGUGGAUCAAAACCAAGAUAACAGAAAAAAGUUAUUUUGUAACCCAAUCAAAAUUGAGUCAAUAAUUGGUCAGAUUUCUGUAUUUUGACUGUUUACAUAAUAUACCGCUGGCAUCCCAUGUAUUAAAUAUUUAAUAUGGGUUUUGUUUAUCUUUGACUUGACUGUUUACAUAAUAUACCGCUGGCAUCCCAUGUAUUAAAUAUUUAAUAUGUGUUUUCUUUAUCUGUGACUUAGUAUUAAAAGGACAGUUCCAGACUUCACAGGACACCUAAAUGAAAGAUGGUUUAAGUAUGUCAAUGUGAUGAAAUAGCCCAUCUACCUUAUACACAGCAUUGAUAUAUUUUUUUUUUUAUAAUUAAAUGUUAAAUAAUAAAGAAAUAAUUAAAUUGUAUUAAUCUGAAAUUUUUUAUAUUAUCCAACAAAUGUGACAUCAGUGACUUUUAAGGACAAUUUAUCAGGAAAUAAUAUAACAGAGUUUAUAAUAUUGUUUUAGGAGGGAAUGUGUUAAAUUUAUUUCAGUUUACUUGUUUAUUGACAUACAGCAUGUGU